AUGGACAAUCCGCAUCUCAAGAGUGUCCUGGCCGAAUUCCCCGACGUGGAUGCAGCGGCGCUGCCCUGGCCUCCUGGGGCCGAAACCUGGGAGGCCAAGGACGUGCAGCUGUUCAUCGGAAGUGGAGGUUUUCUCAAGCCAAAGAAGUCCAAGAAGGCAGCCGAAGUUAAGACAGCGCCACCUCCUCCCACGCCGGCGCCGGCAGAUGUGCCCACGCCCGCCCCGGCCGAGGAGGCGCACUCUGGCUAUCCGGCCACUUCCUCAUCCGAGCCAGCCGCGGCGUUUGAGGUGCCUGCGUUCAACCAGGAUCGCAAGACGCUGACCAUGCCCGUCCGCGUGCACUGCGAGGACACCGCGCCCAAUGGACACGUCCGGAUCGAGUCCUUGAACGCCUUCGCCGAGCGAAUACGGAGUUUGGCCCUGAAGCAGGUUAUGGGCAUCUCCCUGGCAGAUCUGAAGGAACGUGGCCUGGCCAUUCUGGCAACGGAGUAUGUCAUUGAGAUCGUGGGCAAAGGCAUCCGCGUCCUCGACACGCUGCGGAUUGACACGACGCCGGAGUUUCCGGCGGCCCCUCUCUUUCCCUGGGACACUCAGAUGUUUGCAGAAGACGGCUCGCUUUACAUGCGAGGCCUAUUUGGCUUGAACCUCUGCCAGAUCUCCGCCACGGGCGCGUACAGCGGAGCCGACACCACUGCAUAUAAUGCGUUCGCGAAGGACCUGAGGAAGUUCACGGACCCCAGCAGAAGCAAGUUUUCAACGACCUCGCUCCGCUUUUAUUCCGCAUACCCGAAGGCCGGGGCUCCUUUCACCCCAGAGAAGCACCUAAAGGCGACCUAUGUGGUCAGAUCCACAGACUGCGACAUGUACAAUGUCCUGUUCCAGGGACGAGUUCCGUCCAUGAUGGAGUCCUGCUAUCCGCAGCACGAUGCCAGGGCAUUCUAUGUCAACAUUCGGAUGUCCGUGCAUCCAGGAGAUGAGCUUGCCGUCCACGUGUUCGUGGAAAAGGCGAAAGCCUUCUUCGUUUGCCUGCGAGGUAAAGAGCCGGUGCUCACAGCAGUGGGACACUACGAGGCCUCGGCCAUCUGCCAAGAAGAGAUCAAGUGCGCCUCCUUGAGGCUGCCAAUCAUUCUCAAGUUCUGCAAUGAUGGGACGAAGCCAUCUCCCUGUGAGGACUUCGACUUUACCAAAGUCUGA